GCGAGGACGAGGCCGGAGCACUUAUCCUCAACCAAGAUGGAGCUUCAGGUUCUCAAGCAGGAGACGGCGGAGGCGGGGACGAGGCCGGCGGGGACGAGGCCGGAGCGCUUAUCCUCAACCAGAGGGUGGUCAGGUGUGUAGGCUCAAGCGAGAAGACGGCGGAGCUGGGUGUGAAGUCUCAUCCCGGAGAAGGAGGAGGCGGGGACGAGGCCAAAGCGCUUAUCCUCAACCAAUAUGGGGUCCUAGGUGCGUGUUCAGACAGCCCGAAGAAGGCGGAGGCAGGGUGCGUGGUCUCACAGCCCGAAGAAGGCGGAGGCGGGGACGAGACCGGCGCGGACGAGGCCGGAGAGCUUGUCCUCAACCAAUAUGGGGUUUCAGGGAAAGCGGAGGACAAGGCCGGGAGGGCUUAUCCUCAAUCAGUAUGGGAUUCCGAAGCGUGGGAGCUCAGUCUGAAGAAAGCCGGAGGGCUUAUCCUCAACCAAGAUGGGAUUUCAGGUGCGUGGUCUGAAGCUGAGAAGACGGCGGAGGCGGGGACGAAGCCGGAGCGCUUAUCCUCAGCCAAUAUGGGGUGUGACGUCUCACAGCCCGAAGAAACUGGAGGCGGGGACGAGGAACUACGGGGUCCCAAUCCGGAGAAGGCGGAGGUGCGUGGUCUCAACCUGAAGAAUCCGGAGAAGGCGGAGGUGCGUGGUCUCAACCUGAAGAAAGCGGAGGGGACGAGGUCGGAGGGCUUAUCCUCAACCAAUAUGGGGUCCCAACCCGAAGAAGGCGAAGGCGGGGACGAGGCCGGUGUGAAGUCUCAUCCCGGAGAAGGAGGAGGUGUGGAAGCUCAAGCCGAAGAAGACGGAGGCAAGGACGAGGUGUGGAAGCUCAAACAGAAGAAGACGGAGGCAAGGACGAGGCCGGGUGUGGAAGCUCAAGCUGAAGAAGACGUAGACAAGGACGAGGUGUGGAAGCUCAAGCCGAAGAAGACGGAGGCAAGGUGUGGAAGCUCGCCGAAGAAGUCACAGGCAAGGACGCGCUCCUCCAUCAUGUCGCAGUCGGGCAUACAGGUGCUCAGUCUCAGCGGGAACAACGUUGGAGGCGGAGACACGGACGAGUCCCGAAGGCUCGCAUGCCGAGAGAUUCGCCUAUCCUCAACCAAUACGGCGUCGCAGGUACUCCGGGAGCAAGGCCAGAGCGCUAUGGGGCUCGGGGUCCGCGGUCCCAGCCCGAAGAAGGCCGCCGGAACGAGGCUGGAACGUUUAUCCUCAACCACUGUGGGAUUCGAGAUCAGCAGCCCAGAAGCCGAAGAAGGCGAAGGCGGGGACGAGGCCGGAGCGCUUAUCCUCAACCAAGAUGGGGUUUCAGGUGCUUGGUCUGAAGCUGAGAAGACGGCGGAGGCCGGCGGGGACGAGGCCGGAGCGCUUAUCAUCAACCAAGAUGGGGUCUCAGGUGCGUGGUCUCAAGCCGAAGACGGCGGAGGCGGGGACGAGGCCGGAGCGCUUAUCAUCAACCAAGAUGGGGUCUCAGGUGCGUGGUCUCAAGCCGAAGAAGGCGAAGGCGGGGACGAGGCCGGAGCGCUUAUCCUCAACCAAGAUGGGGUGUCAGGUGCUUGGUCUGAAGCUGAGAAGACGGCGGAGGCGGGGACGAGGCCGGAGCGCUUAUCCUCAACCAAGAUGGGGUUUCAGGUGCUUGGUCUGAAGCUGAGAAGACGGCGGAGGCCGGAGCGCGAAGGCGGGGACGAGGCCGGAGCGCUUAUCCUCAACCAAGAUGGGAUGUCAGGUGCUUGGUCUGAAGCUGAGAAGACGGCGGAGGUAGGGACGAGGCCGGAGCGCUUAUCCUCAACCAAGAUGGGGUUUCAGGUGCUUGGUCUGAAGCUGAGAAGACGGCGGAGGCGGGACGGCGGAGGCGGGGACGAGGCCGGAGCGCUUAUCCUCAACCAAGAUGGUGUCUCAGGUGCGUGGUCUCAAGCCGAAGACGGCGGAGGCGGGGACGAGGCCGGAGCGCUUAUCCUCAACCAAGAUGGGGUGUCAGGUGCAUGGUCUGAAGCUGAGAAGACGGCGGAGGCGGGGACGAGGCCGGAGCACUUGUCCUCAACCAAUAUGGGGUCUCAGGUGCGUGGUUUUAAGCUGAGAAGACGGCGGAGGCGGGGACGAGGCCGGAGCACUUAUCCUCAACCAAGAUGGGGUUUCAGGUGCUUGGUCUGA